ACGAGACGAUUUUGAUAUGUACACAAUUACGUGUUAAUAGCCGUUUAUGAACCAAAACAAUAUUGAGAUGUGACGUUUACUUGAAGAUGGUUUAAAGUGUGUUAAAUGGAGCGAAUAGGUGUUGCGUGGGGCAAGUCGGGCGUUUGUAUGCAGUGCUUAGUGAUUUUGGUUGCCUUAUCAACCAUGGGUCGGGGGCUUGUGGAGACGGAGGAGUUCAUGAGUGACCUGGACUUACCUAUUCCCACUGCUCACGUAGCUGGUGUGGUGGGGAAGAAGGCAGCACUGCCGUGCGACACACAGCCAUUAUCGUCUGAUGACGGGGCUGCAAUGGUUCUAUGGUUUAAAGAGGCGGACUGGGAACCAUUAUACAGCUAUGACAUCAGAGGUCGAACACCGAGCCAGCCCAAGCUGUGGUCUUCCCCGAGUGGCUUCGGGUCUCGGGCGUAUUUUCGUGCUACUGCCGUACCAGCGAUCCUGCUCCUAGAUAACGUCAGCACCGCAGACACUGGGAUUUAUCGCUGCAGAGUUGACUUUAGGAACUCACCAACCAGGAAUUUAAGGGUCAACUUUACAGUUAUUACUCCACCGAACCGACCAGUCAUAAUAGACGCAAAGACCAGGGACCACACGCGGCUGCUGGAACCGUACGAUGAAGGUGAAACCCUGGAGUUACUCUGCGAAGUUCAUGGAGGUGAUCCUCGACCGAGUUUGAUAUGGUAUUUAGAGAAUACAGUAAUAGAUGACUCUUAUGAACAACAAAAUGGCGGCGUGACGGUGAAUAAUCUGACGUUCCCGAGCAUCGGUAGGCAGCAUCUCAACGCGAGGCUUAUCUGUCAGGCAUCGAACACUAACCUCGCGCCGCCACAAGCCAAACUUCUGAUAUUAGAUAUAAAUCUAAGGCCGCUCACCGUCCAGAUAUUGAACAAGAAAAGACAGCUCUCAGCAGACCGAAGCUAUGAGGUAGAAUGCAAAACAUCUGGAUCAAGACCGGAAGCCCAAGUCUCUUGGUGGAAAGGCUUUAAGCCUUUGAGGAAAAAGGCUAAGAAUUUUUCUGAUACUAAUUCAACAACGAGCAUUCUGACUUUUGUGCCUGAAGCUGAAGAUCAUGAUAAUCAACUGAUCUGCCGAGCUGAGAAUCCUCGGGUCGCCAAUUCCAUUAUAGAAGAUAGUUGGAGAUUAAAUAUACAUUAUGUACCAAUAGCGACUCUCAAAAUGGGUUCGAAUUUAAACCCUAAUCACAUAAAGGAGGGAGACGAUGUCUACUUUGAAUGCAACGUGCAGUCCAACCCCAAAGCGAACAGACUGGCUUGGUAUAAAGACUCACAAGAAAUCCAACACAAUGCCAGUUCAGGAAUCAUUCUUAGCGAUCAAAGCCUUGUCCUGCAAAGCGUGAACAGAACAGCAUCAGGCGAUUACAGCUGUCUCGCCCACAAUAGCGAAGGCAGUGCUUCGAGUAACCCCUUCUCUUUACAAGUUAGAUAUGUUCCUACCUGCAAAUUACCAGAAGUUGGUCAAGUAUUAGGUGCACUAAAAGCGGAGCUGAUACAAUUAUCUUGCAUUGUUGACUCCAACCCUGAACCUUCUAACUUUGAGUGGACCAUCAGCAGAGCUGGUGACCAGAGUGAAAUACCUCCUAGCUUGUAUAGGAUAAAAGGUAAAAUAUCCGUGCUGAAUUAUACUCCAGUUGAAGACAGAGAUUUCGGUACGAUAUCCUGCAUAGCCACUAAUUCGGUUGGAAGACAGGAGACACCUUGUAUUUACAACCUCGUCGCUGCUGGUCGACCUACGGCGUUACAAAAUUGUAGUGUGUUAAAUCAAAGUGAAGAUAGUUUGCAAGUGGAUUGCUUAGAAGGCUUCGACGGAGGACUCCCACAAGUGUUUAUACUUGAAGUACUUGAGCUACCGUCCAAAAUUGUCCAUGCGAACAUAACUUCAAACUUCACUCCUAGCUUCGAACUGUUAGGGUUGGACAAAGGAAUGAGUUAUGCCCUCAAUUUGUAUGCAGCGAAUGCGAAGGGUAGGAGUGAAGUGGUAGCCCUAUACACAAUCGCUGUCCAAUCGCCAGAUAAAUAUACAGGAGUCAGCAGCCCAUUUAAUCUCUCUCCAUUGAUCACGUCACUUGUUGCAAUGUUAGCGCUUCUCAGCGCUGUAGCGUGCGCUAUAAUCAUAGCGGUGUAUCGUCGACAAUUUAUAAGGCAACAUGUGAAGCAACCUCCAUCCACGAAUGCUUUAUACUCGGACGACAGUGUGGAAUCCUUCCCCAAGAAAGAUAAUCCCCCGACGUACACCGCUUCCCCGAAAGUUGACUACAGCAGCCAAUAUGAGCUGAAGAUGGACGUAGAAAUGGACGACGAUCCUGACAUUAUACCCGUCCAAUUUGAUAAAAAACCAAUUGAUGAAUAUUGCAAAUCAAAGUUGGGAUUGGAGGAUACUAUGAAAACCAAUCAAUCCAUUGCCGUAGCAAAUAAUGGGCACAUAUCAUUCGUGAACCGAGGCGUGACAGCGAGGAGUGUUGACAUCUCCGCCUCGAGGCACGAAGUCGCCACUGCCUCGAGGCGAGUGCGGGAAUCCUGCAUAUAGGAACAGUAAUUCGCUAUUCCAAAAUGUCGUACCAAAAUUAUGAAAAAUGUAAAUAAAGUAUAUUUUCUUGUGGAUAAAUUUUGGUUAGAAUAU